GAGCAUAGCAGCGGUCUGUAUUCAGACGGUCGACGUGGCCUAACCUGCACUUCCGAACGACAAACGUUUUUGCUUGAAGCUUUACAUGGACCUUUAGAUGCGAACUAUAUAGCAUCUGUAUUGGGCAGGGUGUUGGGACAAGAACUAUGCGCGCAAAUCCAAUUCGUGCAAGUGCGCGCUCCGCGCUCGACUUCACGCGCGGGGCAGCCCGCUCGUGCUACCACGGAGCUUAUCAUGGUCCUGGGAGCCGACGGCGAGGAAGCUUGCUGGGGAAGGCCGCCGUGAAUGAAACUGGCGCCGAAAAGACUGCCUCAGUCCUUCCCGAUCCUUGGGCUUCACCAGCGCAACUGGAUGUUGCGGCGGUGUCUCCUGCAGCGGUCUUGGGUGCGCCAGCGGUCGCUGGUGUGGACGUGUCGCGCGGCGCCGUGGCCCCAGGGACGUCCGUGCCGCCCAGCCCUUGGGACGUGGACCAGCCCUCCUCUAGCUCCGCGCCUGCCCGCGCUGAGGCCUCAGCGGCAGCUGCAUCAGACGCUCGGCCAGCUGCCACCAGCUCCUACGACUAUGAUGAGAACGACCCGGUUGCGGCGGCAGCUGCAGCUGCAGCGGCGGCGGCAGCAGCGGCAGCUGCCGCCGCUGCAGCGGAAGCCGGAAGCAGCUUUGAUGAGGAUGAUGCCCCCACCUCUGCUCCAGCUCCCGUGAAGGCGCAAGCCCCUGCGCCAGAUACCCCCGGGCCCAUCUCAACCGCCAGCACUGCCCAGCGGUCACCCAGCCCAGGCACGCGGGAACAGCCCAGCCAGCCGGCCGCCGCGGCCGCGGCCGCCGCCACCUCGGCGCCCAUUGGCGGGGCGGCUGCCGACAAGCCGCCGUCGCCGGGCCGGGGCCGGGAUGCCAGCGCGGUGACUCUGACGGAGGACACCGCCGCGCUGCUGACGCGGCUCCGAGCCGAGCUGGCGCGGACGCAGGACAUCAAGAUGCCGCCGCCGCGCGGCACCGCCGCCGCGGCCGGCAGUAGCAGCAGUGGCACCAGCAGCAGCGCCAGCAGUAGCAGGUCAGGACCGGCAGCAGCACCCAAGGCAGCUGGCGCCGGGUUGCCGGGGCGUCCGGGCUCGCCGUCGGGUCUGGGCGUGGGGCCGGCGCAGGGGCAGCGGCACCCGCAGCCCAAGCCCCUGGGCAUGUCUAGCUCGGCUCUGGCGGCGGCGCUGGCGGCCUCACGGGACGAGGGCGACGCGCCGCUGCCUGGGGCGCCCGUGUACGUCCCCACGCCCCCGCCCGCAAGCCCCAGCAGCCCCGGCAGCAGUGGCACGAGCACUAGCACGAGCACUAGCAGUAGUAAUAGCAGCGGGUCAAGCACUAGCCGUAGCGUUGAAGGCGGCAGCGCCCGGAGCAGUAGCAGCGCGGCUUCCGCUGAGGCCGCGGCGGCGUCGGACGCUGCGUCUGGCGCCGCAGGCUCUGAAACAUCCUCGCCCUCGCCCUUCGGUGGCAUGCCCUUCAGCCUGCCAGCCAUGAUGAAGCGCAAGCCGCAGCCGCCGGAAGGCGCCGUGCCGGGCUCUCGGGCUCCAGCGGCCUCGUCCUCGUCUUCCUCGUUCGCAACCUCGAACUUGAACUCGGGAGCCGCGGCUGCGGCGCCGAAGCAGGAGGCAGACCCCAAGCGGCCGUCAUGGCGGGAGGCGGCCUCGGCGGCCGCGGCCGCGGCCGGUCGCUUCGCUGGCCAGGCGUCGCUGCCGCAGUCGCCAGAGGCGGCCGCGCGCAGCGGCGCCGCCAGCACCAGCACCAGCACUAGCAGUAGCAGUAGUAGUAGUACUAGCAGCAGUAGCGCUCGGAGCAGCGGGGCUGCGGUGCGGACUGGAGGCGGCGCUGGCGGCGGCGGCAAGAAGAAGGCGGUGGUGGUGGGCGGCGGCAUUGGCGGGCUGGUGUCGGCGGCGCGUCUGGCCAAGGAGGGGAUGGAGGUGGUGCUGCUGGAGGCCAACAGCCAGCUGGGCGGCCGCUGCCAGUCUGUGCAGCGCGGCCGCGUGCGCUUCGACACGGGGCCCAGCCUCAUGCUGUUCAUUGAGACCUACCGCAAGACCUUUGCGGCGCUGGGUACCAGCCUGCCGCAGCAGGUGCCGGUGGUGCGCGUCACGCCCGCAGCAUACCGCGUGUUCUUCCAGGGCGCUGGCUCGCUGGACCUGCUGUACGACGUGCAGCGCAUGGUGGAGCAGCUGGAGGCCAUUGAGAAGGGGGCGGGCGGCUCCUACCUGGACUGGCUGGCCACCUCCCGCGCCGCGCUGGAGCUGGGCGUGGAGGGCUUCAUCGAGCGCGACGCCGACAGCCUGUUUGAGCUGGUGGGGCGGGCGGCGGCCGACAGCGACAUCCGCAACCUGCUCAGCGGCGUGGGGCUUGUGGAGCUACUGGCGCCGCACCACGGCAGGAUGGCGGACCGCUUCCGCGACCCGCGCCUCCGCGCGCUGUUCACCUUCCAGGACCUGUACGUGGGCCUGUCGCCCUACACCGCCCCCGGCGUGUACUCGCUGCUGGCGGCCACCGAGCUGACGGACGGCGUGUGGUACCCGCUGGGGGGCUUCGGACAGAUCCGCGACGCCUUGACGCGGGUGGCCCAGGGCCUGGGCGUGCGGGUGCGCUGCGGCGCGCGGGUGGCGGCAAUCCGCACCGCCGCCGCCGGGAGCUCGGGCGGCGCCAACCGGGUGGCGGGCGUCACGCUGGAGAGCGGCGAGGAGGUGGCGGCGGAUGUGGUGGUGUCCAACAGGGACGUGCCGCUGAGCUACGAGCUGCUGACCGGCCCCGCCGCCCCGCACGGCGCCGCCACCGCCAGGCGGCUGCUCGCCAGCGCCGAGUUCAGCGCCGGCGUCAUCGCCUUCAACUGGUCGCUCAGCACGCGGCUGGAGCAACUGCUGCACCACAACGUAUUCCUCAGCGGCGACUUCGAGGGCUCCUGGGUCCGCGCCACCAGCGCCGACACGCUGCCCCGCUCCCCCAACUUCUACGUGCACUGCCCCGCCCGCACCGACCCCACCGCCGCGCCGCCCGGGCAGGACAGUGUCAUGGUGCUGCUGCCCGUGGCCAACAUGCAGGAGAUCGUCAAGGCGCAGCGGGCGGAGCGCAACCGCGGUGCCGGCGGCAUGUUGGCUUCCGCGCUGUCGCCCGACUCCAACUCGGCCUCGCAGCCGCCAGUGGACUACAAGGAGCUUGUGGCUGCGGGGCGGGAGGCGGUGCUGCGCGCGCUGGCGGAGGCGGGCAUGCCGCACGUCAAGAAGCACAUCACAGACGAGCUGGUCAUCGACCCCGUGCAGUGGAGGGACAAGUACGGUCUGGCCCACGGCGCGGCAUUCGGUCUGUCCCACGGCCUGAACCAGCUGUCGGUGUUCCGGCCCGCCAACGCCGACAAGCAGGUCAAGGGGCUGUACCUGGUGGGCGCCUCCACACGGCCCGGCAACGGAGUGCCGCUGGCCAUGAUCAGCGCCGACCUGGUCACGCAGCGGGUGAUGAAGGAUGUGUCCGCGGGCGUGGUGUGACCGGCUGGUGGCGGCGACGGCUGGAGCGACCAACGUGUGGACUCGCCCAGGAGCAGCCGUCCGUGAGGUGCAGCGGGAGCGAUGGGGAGUUGUUGUUGAUGCUGGCUGGUGACUGCUUCGUGGGGCAAGGGACACACACGCGUGCGGCUGCACUACACUAAAUGAGUUGAGUGCAUGUGUAACUGGUGGUGAGUGCGGCUAGGUUUUGUGGAGGACGGUAUACAGCUGAAUGAGCGAAGGAUUGCAACACGUGCGUGUGAUGCGUCGUGCGACGCGUACGGUAGCCUGUGCUUGUGGUUGCCAGCAGGUGCAAUGCCAAGCAUAUUAGAGGGGAGUAUGUGAAGCGUUGGCGGGAGCCAUGGACGGCCCUAACACACCAUGGGGGCAUGUUGCACCCUUGGCGGGCACUGUAAGGCCAAUAAUUG